AUGCUCUUCAUCAACAGCGGAAACAACGUCGUAUCCUACUUCAUGCCCGAGAUGUUCAAGCAAGCCGGUAUCACCGACGACAACACCCAACUCCUCCUCAACGCCAUCAACCCAAUCUUCUCCAUGAUCGCCGCCAUCUGGGGCGCGACCCUCCUUGACAAGCUCGGCCGCCGCUUCAUGAUGCUGGCUGGCUUGGCGGGCUCGCUCGCCUCAUACAUCAUGCUCACGGCCUUCACCGCCGAGUCGGCCAACCACAAGAACCUCUCGUACGGCGUCAUCGUCUCCAUCUACGUGUUUGGUAUCUGCUUCGCCUGGGGUUUCACGCCGCUUCAGACGCUGUAUGCCGUGGAGUGUCUCGAGAACCGCACCCGUGCCAAGGGAUCUGGACUUUCCUUCCUGUUCCUUAAUGUCGCUAUCAUGAUCAACACCUACGGUAUCUCCGUCGGCAUGGAGAAGAUUGCGUGGAAGUUGUACCUCGUGUACAUUGCCUGGAUUUGCAUUGAAAUGGCAAUCAUUUACUUCUUCUUCGUUGAAACGGCUGGAAAGACGCUGGAAGAGCUCAAGUCCAUUUUUGAGGCGCCCAACCCGAGGAAAGAGUCAACCAAGAAGACAAAGGUUGCUGUCGACGAGGCUGGUAAUGUCGUCAACGUCGGUGCGACCACUUCUGGUAUCUAA